CAGCAGUCAGCAGUCAUAAUAUAUAUCCAAAAAAAUCUGUCUCUACAUCUCGUUGUUGAAAAAGGAAGAAUUAAAAAUAUUGUUGUGUUACUGCAUCCAUUAAUAUUUUCCAGUUAAAAUCCAAAAUGUCCUUAUUCGUAAAACAGUUGGCUCGUAGGGUCAUCAGCCCUGCACUAACGACCGCUAAGAAAGUAAAUUUUUCCACAACCAGUGCAGUUUUUGCUCCGAGGGUACAAAAGCCAGCUCCAGAUUUCUGUGCCACGGCAGUUGUAAACGGUGAAUUCAAUCAGUUGAAAUUAGCAGAUUUUUCUGGAAAAUAUGUGGUUCUGUUCUUCUACCCAUUGGACUUCACAUUUGUCUGUCGCGCUUAUCAUGUGUUGAGUCAGAUUUUUGCUUCUAAACUGUGA